ACCAGAUAUCCUUUUAUACUAUGCGUCAAUCUUUCUGCAUUGCUUUACAUUGUGCUGGUAGGAGAUAGCAGUGGAAUAGUAGAGGAGCUCACAUGUGUGACGGAAAAAAGGGACAGAAAAAAGAAAGACAAGCAAUUGAAACAGUGAGGUAAUAUAACCCUUCCAGUUUUUGAAAGCUGGGGCCAUAUUUACAGGUCAUGCAAUUGGCAAAGUGAAUGGUUUUCACAGUAGUGGUAAAAUUCAACUUGUAUUAGUGUCUCAAUUCAAUGAAAAAAGCUGUGAAGCACAAUAAGAUUUAGUUGCCCCCACAGGAGAUGAAUAUAUUGGAUUUUGCUAUGCACCAAAACCUCAUGCUUAUCUUGAUUUUUUCUAUGUAAGCACACGCCUAAUUAAAGUUAUUUUAGUUUAUAUUAUAGUGUUGAAUGGGCAAAAACUUUAUGCACACAGUGUAGUGUUAAAAAACUUGUGUAGCAGACAACCUUGGUGUACUGUACCAAAACUGGUGAUGUAAAAAUAGACAUACAACCCCACUCUUUAUGUAUAUAAAAUUCAAAAAAUCCAUUGCUGACCCAAUGGUAGCCUUAAGACUUAAGAGGAUGAAUUUAUCUAAGAUGAUGCUGGUAUUCCAUUAUAAACUGAUUUAUUCCACUUAUUUUUGCCAGGUAAGAUAUUCUGCUUACUCUUUUCUCUUUUUUAUCCAUAUACAAUUAGCCAACUUGACAUCUUAUAUAAGAAGGGUGACUCUCUUAGGUUGUGGCAACCAUAAAUAUUCACUAACGGCUUCUAAAUUAAACAUGCAAGAAGAGGAACUGCGAAGAGGGCAAUGGCUCGAAGAGGAAGAUGAAAGACUGGCUAUGAUUAUAGCCAUUUUAGGUGAACGUCGUUGGGAUGCAUUAGCAAAAGCUUCAGGGCUGAGGAGAAGUGGAAAAAGCUGCAGAUUGCGAUGGCUGAACUACCUCCGGCCAAAUCUAAAGCACGGUCAUAUAACACGAGAUGAAGAACGUUUGAUAAUUCGACUUCAGAAACAGUUGGGAAACAAGUGGUCGAACAUUGCUAAACAAUUGCCUGGAAGAACUGACAAUGAAAUCAAGAACUACUGGAGAAGUCAUCUGAGAAAGAAAGCACCAAUUUACGAACAAGAAUGCUCUGGAAAUAAUACAAGUACCUCAGAACAAAAAUCAUCAAGUGUCCCUUCAUCCAACAGUGGUGACUCUUUUUCUGAAAAAGGUGAUUGUUCCUCUGCUGAUUCUUUGGCAUACUCUUCAAAUGAAGUGAAAUUAUUGGAUUGGAUUCCAAGUUGGUCAUAUGAACAAAGCAGAAUGGAGCAUCAUAUGUACUUUUGCAGCUCAUACCAUUGUUCUUGUUAUUCCCCAUGGACCUCUGAAGACAAUAGCACUACAUGGGACCAUAGUUAAAUCAAUAGUAAUGUUUAGUUUUUUUUUUCUUUCUGUAGAAACGCAAAAAAUCUUGUUCUGUAUAUACGGCUUGAGUUGUACAUUCUUAUGGGGAAAAGGGAGAAAAACAACAUGAUUAUAUAUCCAUUUUGGACAUACUAGAAAAACAACAUGAUUAUCUAUCCAUUUUGGACAUACUACU